AUGGAUAACUUAAACGAUACUACUGAAAAUAUAGAUCAUUCUAUUCAAAUGUUUAAUCAAGAAAAUGCUCAACGGAAGUCAUUUUUGAGGUUAAGCACAAAGAGUACAACUCCUAAAAGAUUGUCUUUACAAACCAAUAAUUAUUUACGAAAAGAUUUAGAUGAUUCUUGUCAAAUUAAUGAUAUCAGUAGUCCAAAAUUAUUGGGCAAAUCUUAUCCUAAUUCAAGAUCAAUGAGGGGACAUGAUCUCUUGGAUAUUGACAAUUCAUUAACACUUACUCCUCAUGAAGUUCGAGAUAUUUUGGCUAUAUCAGAGAAGACUGAUCUCACUUUGAGAGAAAUGAUGGAAGAUAGUGGUGCAACUGGCAUGAUUUUAAAAGCAAAGGAACCUUGGAGAGAUAUCAUGAAUAAACUUUAUUAUGAUUUUUUACAUAGUAUACAGAUGAACGUUUCAGAAACACAAGUAUUUGAUACUAUUGCCGAUUUUAUACAGAAUUGUACAGAUACAUUAGAUAUAAUGAGAGGUAUGCAGUCAAAAGUAGAAACUACUGAAAUUUCAGAUGAAGAAAUUUCUUUAGAAAAUGAAAGAAACACAUGGAGACUAAUUUAUUGUUUAUAUCAAAAUAGAAUAAAUAGUUUGAAUUUUCCUAAUCCAAUGGAAGAUGAUUUGGAAGAAAGUAAUACAUACAUAUCAGAAAAAGUUGUAAUAGAUAACCUAUUUAAGUCUGAAAGUUACAUUAGGGAAUAUCAAUUAAUAAUAGACUGGUUGGAAAAAAAUGCAUUAGAUCAAGCAGACAAAUAUCCAACCACAGAACAUUUCACAGAUAAAACACUUGCAUGGGAAAAUACUGUGAGACAAUUGUUGGCAUAUAAAGACAUGGAUCAAAUUCCAUUUCGUUCAUCAAGGCCAUUGAUAUCUUCCUUGGAUCCGGAUGCUCCAAUAAGAGAAGGGAAACCUUUACAUGAUUUAGAUAGAGAAGAUGAUACAAGACUUGAGAAAAGAAUGUUUAUAGAGGUUCGUUGUGGUCGUCUUCAAAAAGCGCAAGCAUUAGCCGAACAUUGUGGACAACCUUGGAGAGCUGCAUGUUUGAUAGGAUGGAUACCUCAUCAUGAUCCUAACUAUCAAAAUCCAUUACCUGAUACUAAAUUACCUAUCGAAGGAAAUCCUAAUAGAAGCCUUUGGAAAUUAUGUGCUUGGGAACUUUCCCAAGACAAGCGUGUAGGUCAAUUUUAUCGCACCAUUUAUGCUAGUCUUUGUGGAAAUGUUCAACAAAUGUUACAAGUCGCAUCUUCUUGGCAAGAUGCAUUGUGGGCAUAUAUGAAAACAUUAUUAGAUAUUAAAGUAGAAAGGGAAGUGAGAGAUCUCGUGAUAAAAAGUUUUACGGACAUGCCUGACGAUUACUGGAACAACGAGAUUUCAUUGAAAGAUGUAUUUAAAGAACUUCAUGCAUCAAAAAAUCCGAUUAUUCGAACACAAUCAAAUGAACCCGAUCACUUAAUUCAGAAAUAUUUGAUAUUGGAUCAAAUACCGAAAUUGAUGACGGAAAUAGAAAACAUGAUAGAUUCGAGAACUUGUGAUCCUCACUUUCUAAGAUUUCUAGCGCAUCUGAUCUGCUUCUUUCGUCAGAUCGGAAAAAAUACAAAGGAUAAAAUAGGAGAUAAAGUUUUAUUAGCAUAUGUUCGUGUUUUAAUUGAAAUGGGUGAUCCAAUUUUAAUCGCAUUUUACACAGCUAUGUUACCCCAAGAACUUCAAGUAACGAAUUAUGCCAGUUAUUUAGAGUCCAUAAAGGAUUAUGAACAGCGUAAAAAAUGUUUAACAGCAGCAGAAGAUGCCAAUCUAAAUGUAGAGGCAAUUACGAAAUUAGUAGUGGAAAGUAUACGUUCUAAAAAUAUUGAGAUUGAUCUCUCAGAUUUAAAAGGUACUAUAACUGAUGCGGAUAUAGACAAGAUUAAUGCAUUGGAUUGGUUAAUAUUUUAUCAAGGACAACGAGAAGAAGCAUUGUGGCAAACUAAUGCCCUUAUAAGAUAUUUUUUGACAAAUGAAAAAAUUGAUGCUGCUAGGAAAGCUUUUAAUAAGAUUCCGGCGGAUUCCAUUGAAUUUAUCAUGUCUGAAUAUCCAACUAUGGAAGGCACACUAACAAAUCUUACAAUGACGAACAAUCUGUCGAAAAGAGCGUCUUCUGUGAUUCGGGAAUAUCUAUGUUAUAAAACUUAUCUUGAUGCUCAAGAAGGUUUCGUCGAGUGGUUUUCUCAUUAUCAUCACGGAAAGCCUACGCCAUUGAAAGAGUUGCCUGCAUAUGCCACAUUUACUGAAAAAGUUGCAUACGAACAUAAAAAUGCACAGUACAAUGUAGAAAUGGAACGUUGGAAGUCUACGAUGCAACAUCAUACUAAGGCAGUUAAACAAUUAUUGUUCAAUGUAUUACUAUUUCCGGAUGGUGGGUGGUUGGUUGAUUCAAAUAAUAAUAACGACGAUCCAUGUACACCGGAAGAAGUAUCUCGCGAACAUCAAAUGGAAAAAUUACGGGAACUUUGUAUUCCAAAAAUUACUCUUCUCUUGCAUUCUGUGAUGUCCGAAAUGAAUGAACACGCUGAUUGCAUCCAAUUAGCAGAUCUUCUUGCUUCUGAACAGUAUCAACUUUAUAAGGUGUUCCAGAAGGAAAGACUACGCGAAGUAUUUAAGAAAAUUUGCGAGUCUUCCCUUGUAUUGAUGGAUCAAAAAAAAGAUCCUUGGGGAUAUCCAAAAUAAACCUUUUAGGACACUUCGACAGAAAAUUAAAAAAGUUUAAUUUAAUUUAAUUGUAUGUAUAAUACGAUUUUUUGGAAUUCGAAAUCAAACAAAUUUAUGGACAUAUUUUUAUGUUUUUUAUAAAACCAGUUUAUU